GUGCUAUUCUCCUUUGAUGUUCGUCUCGUCUCCGUUUCUAGACAAGAUGUGAUCUGCGACUCAGGCACCCGCUUCCCCAUGGUCCCACUAUUAUGUAGUGUAAUGGAAUCGCUUCCACGAACAGCGCUUUCAUUUUCAUCGUUCGUUUGGAGUACGCCAUAGCGAACCUGUUCCCCCUGAGGAUCUUACCACUACUUAUACCAAUACUGCCGUGAUCUUCGCUCCCAAGCGAACGUGGUCAAGUCAAAAUGGGGUCAGAGCAACCCAAGCAAGGUGCCUACCCCCAAGAGAACGAUGGGCCGCGAGUGCUGGGAGUUGUGCUUGGCAUCACAGUUUUCGCCGUCAUCACUAUGGCGGCGCGACUCUGGGUCAGAAUGAAGAUGAUACGCAAUGUUGGGUGGGAUGACUACUGCAUGUCUUUUGCAACAUUACUUGUCAUAAUAGGAGCUGGAAUCGUCGUCCCAGAAGUGCAUUAUGGAUGUGGUAGACACAUCGACCAAAUAUCGCCUGAGGACUUCAAAAUCGGAUUCAAGUUGAACUUCAUCUCACAGCCGAUAUAUCUGAUUGCCAUCUGCAUUGUAAAGCUAUCGGUUGGAUUCUUCUUGUUGCGCAUAGCUACCAUCCCGUUCUAUCGACACACAAUCCAGGGCAUCAUGGCUUUCAUGGCGUUCUAUACCACUGGAUGCUUUUUCACCAUCAUGUUCCAGUGUACGAAUCUCGCUGUCCAGUGGGAUCAAUCGGUGAAGGGCACUUGCUGGUCGAAACAAACCAUCCAAGCACUUGGUUACACCAACACCGCCUGCAACAUCAUCACCGAUCUCCUCUUCGCUAUCGUCAUUCCCAUUCCCAUGCUCUGGCAGGUCCAGCUAAACCGUCGGCAAAAAUCGUCCAUAGUCUGCAUUCUCGGUCUCGGCAUCUUCGCCACGGCCGCCGCCCUCGUCAAGAUCUCAUUCCUCCCAAACUACGGCAGUACAGGCGACUGGCUCUGGGACUCGCGCAACAUCACCAUCUGGACGAUCCUCGAGACCUGCGUCGGCAUUAUCGCUGGCAACCUCCCCUGCCUCAAGCCGCUCUUCCGCACAGUGCUUGGCUCUACGUAUGGUCGCGGAUCGAGGGGCAGGACGGGCGGCACAGGGAACACACCGCGCUAUCUCGGGUACGGCGGUGGGACAAACGCGGCUUCUGCGAAGGCGAAGGGCUUCUCGAGCUUAAACUCAAGCAAGGCCGACAGGCAACCACAUGACCCGUAUGAAAUGAAGACUAUGGGAGGUGAUGAGCGUGGAAGCGGGGCGAUCAGCCCGGUAAGCGUCAGGGGGGACGGCGGAAGCGACAAAAGCAGCGAGGGAAGUGUGGAGUUGCUAGAUACGCAGAACGCGGUUCUGAGGCUGGGUGGAAUAAUGAAGACCACUGAGGUCACACAGUCGCGGGAGGCGACGGGCGGUGUGCCGCCGUCGUCGAGGGCAGGAGAACUGGAGCUAAGACCAGAGAGAGGCAUUAGGGACAUGGUUUAAGUUAUUUGCUGGGGGAUCUUGUGCGUUUCCACAUGUUCGAUACCAAUAGGGCUUUAGGCGUUAUUAGGCAGCGCGCAUAGCGCCGCGGGUGUUAGUCAAGACCA